GUCUGCUGUUUUUCAAAGCCAGGGGUGUGUAACUAUAAAAUGCUUGUAUGUAGGGGGUUUCUGUCUUGCAUAGUAAAAAUGUGAAUAUCAAAAAUGUCAAAUAAUAUGAGAUAUAUUUACUUAAGAAUUGAUUUUAAUAUAAAAAAAAAACUAUAUGUACACUUUUCAAAGAAGAAAGUAAUAAUAUAUACACUUUUUGUGUAAUUUGUAAUGCAAAAUUGCUUGCACAGGCACAAACUCCACUGUUUUUGAUUUGCUUGUUUAAUGUGGGUCUUUAAGAACUUUAUGGCAGGUGGAAUACUGAAGUUGCCUUACACACUCCAUUGAGUAUUUAAAUGUAUUUUGUAUCGUUAAUCCUCGUAUGCAAUUAUUUCGUUACAGAGUUUAGGUGCCAUAUGUUUAUAUUCCCUUUUUGUUCUGUGCAUGAAGCUCUAUGUGUGGCUCCGCUGAACUCUAGGUCAUGCACCUGGGCAGAGACCACAGCACUGCAAACUGCUGCUCUGGAAAUAUGCAACAUUUUUUUAAUUGCUUUUGUUUAUGUGGGACAUAAUGUGAGACAUCACCACAUUUUCAGCUGUGAAACAUCCACUUUACGCCUCUAUGUAUGUUAGGGAUGAAUCCGUUUUCUUUUUUUUAUAACAGAUUUAAUAUAAUAGUAACAGCUAUUAUCGUUGGGCUCUGUUACAGAACAGAAUAAAGAAUGGCAUCAAUAGGUUUAUUUUGAUGCAGCACUUGUGCUGAUCCUUAUCUGUAUUAGGCAUGUGGGGUUUUAGAACGUGUACGUUAAAGUCCCAGUGACUGGUGUAAUGCUGUUAUACCGUGUCUGAUAGGCCCUGUGUGUCAUUUUAGGGUGUUGCAUUGAAGCCUCAGGGCCCUGUUAGCAUAGUUCCUCCCAUCAUCUAUGACAGAUAGAUAUCAAGACGAGAAAGUAUUAGCAACCUCCCUCAGCUAGCACACAAGUUACACACAGAUACGGAUACACAGCGGCGGCCUGACAAAAUGUUCCUUCUGUCACUGGCAUGGCUAUUGUUGACAGGACCACUUUGGACAUCUGAUUCCAAACAGAUUCUGCUGGAAGAAGAAGUCAGCAUUCGUUACCCUAAGAUCCUAAGCAAUGAGACCAUUGAUUGUGAUUGUGGCAAGUUUCCUUGUGACGCAGUCUUCUGGCUCCACAGUGACAUCAGUGGCAAAGUCCAGUUUCUAGGAAAAUGCAACAACGCUGAUCGUGUUACUGAUAACGUGGAUGAAAGACAUUUUAAACUCAGUAAAAGGGGCAGUAAGUCAUUUACGCUCCGUAUCAUCACUGUGACAAAAGAAGACAGAGGGAUUUAUUCUUGUGUCUUGAAGGACAAAAGUCUUAAUGAAAUGUGGAAGCCGGGGACUCUUCUACUGCCAGGAGAGACCCCACCAACACCACCUCCUAAGCCAAAACCCAAACCACCAUCCAAACCAACCUGUCGUUGCAAUACAGGCAACUCCAAGGGAGGCUGUGGCUCUAUGAUUCUUUGGCCUCUUGUCGGACUUCUUGGAGGCUUGGCUCUGGCUGUUCUCUGCACGCUGCGUUACUUUAGCCGACUACCAAGAAAGUGUCACCACCACUUUCCAAAGAAAAGGCAGACGUUCUAAAAAAAACCCUGCAUCUGCAUCUCAUGUAUUUUUAAGUGGCUGAAGUGCUUCGUUUGAGUAUUCUGUCCGGCCACGAAAGGCAUGAUUCACCCUUAAUAUCUGGUCUUCUAACAACAUCUCGAGUUUAUUUACGCUUAAAUGAACUCUCAGCAAGAAAAGACAUUUGCUUUUUCAACAGCAGCAGCAGCCAUGUAAGAUAUUGUAACAUAUUGACAGGCUUUUGUUAUGUAUAAGACAGAGUUCCACUAAGUUUAGUUUAAAGACCCAUGUUGUGCUUUUAAUCUGUAAUCUUUCUUUCGGUCUCUAAUCAGUGAGCUGCAUUUAGCGUAAUUUAUAAAGGUGGUUUUCAAUUAAUCAGAUAUUGAAUGUGCUGUGAACUGUUAUCAUUUAUUUUGAUGCAAAUAUCACAAAGUACACAAAUAGACAUACAGUAUUUGUGCAGUUUUCUGCAUUUUUUGCUUUCUUCUGUACUUAUUUGUGCUUUUCACAUUAUUACAGCAAUUUAGACACAGAACAAAAAGCACUGUCAUGUCGGUAUUUCUGUGAGCAUGCUUGUGUUUAAUCAAUAAAACUGUAUCAUUUCAGUCAUUUAUGGUGGUUAUGAGUGAUCUAAUUAUCCAAAAUGCAGCAUUGCCUAGAAAGUAAUGAUACUCAGGAGGUAUUUUGCAAUAGCAGAAGUGCUUCCUGUAAAAGCUACAGGUCAAGCACUGUGCAUGUUUCCCAGUGAUAGGAACAGAUAAGACGUUCUGGCUUUCAAAUGUUUGUUGCGUUGUACAUCUUAGAUGUCUGUGCCUGUCUAUGGAGAGGGCAUAGAGGUUUGAAAGUGGGCGUUGUACUUCCAUUGUCAAUAUUGUGCUUAGCGGAAGUUGAGUAGGUGAGUGACAGGGUUUGGUGUCUUCUUUUACUUUUGAUGUGUAAACUUGCAUCAUAUUCAGUUUCUCUUGAACUGCCAUGUAUGUGGCAACAAGCUUUGCUGUAUAAUGUUAAAUUACAGGCUACAAAGUCAUUUCAUAGUAAGUGUAAGUCUCUUGCUUCCUUAUUCACCCUCAUGUGCAUGCAUACAGAUACACACACACACAUACGCAAACCAACCCAGUUACACCUGCGUGAUUGAGAAGUGCAAAGACACAACUAAGUUCGUGGUUGAUUGGGUCGCAGGGAAUGUACGCAGCUCUUUCCUGUGUGCUGGAGCGCGAGGAUAUACCGAACUAUGUUCACUGAGAUGCUAUCGCUUCACUCAGCUUUGAGCUAUUCGUCUAGUCUCUGAAACAAAA